AUGUGCCUAUUGCAGUUUCCCGAUCCUUUUUCCGGGUUUUCAGCUUGGCCUUCCGGGGAAGGAGAGCUCCCGGAGGUUGGAGGCGCGGGUCUGGCGGAGCGCGGUGGCGCGCGGAGACCGCGAGGCGACCGGGAGCGGCUGGGUCCCCGGCGGCGCGCCCCUCGGCCGGGCCGGGAGCCGCGCCAGUCGGUGCCCCCGGCCGAGCGCGGUCCGCCUCCCUCUCAGCGAUCAUCCGUCCGGAGUGCGGCCCGCGGGCAUGCCGGAUCCACCAGGGGCGCCGCCACCGGCGCUCGCAGGCCGCGGGUGAAGAAAGUGCGGACUCGCUCGGCCCGGAGCGAAGAGGUGACCCGGAGCGAAGAGGUGGCCGGGAGUGAAGAGGUGGCCGGGAGUGAAGAGGUGGCCGGGAGCGAAGAGGUGGCCGGGAGCGAGGAAAUGGCGACAGGCGGCCUCAGCGUGACCGUCACCCACAGCAAUGAGAAGCAUGAUCUUCACGUUAUCCCGCAACAGGGCUGGAGUGAGCCAAUUGUCCAAGACCUGGCCCAGGUUGUUGAGGAGGCCACAGGGGUCCCACUGCCUUUUCAGAAACUUAUAUUUAAGGGAAAAUCUCUGAAGGAAAUGGAGAAGCCAUUGUCAGCACUUGGAAUACAAAAUGGUUGCCGAGUCAUGUUAAUUGGGAAGAAGAACAGUCCAGAGGAGGAGGUUGAACUAAAGAAGUUGAAAGAUUUGGAGAAGUCUGUGGAGAAGACAGCUGACCAACUGGAAGAGUUGAAUAAAGAGCUUACUGGAAUCCAGCAGGGCUUUCUGGCCAAGGAUUUGCAAGCUGAAGCUCUCUGCAAACUUGAUAGGAGAGUAAAAGCCACAAUUGAGCAAUUUAUGAAGAUAUUGGAAGAGAUUGACACGCUGAUUCUGCCAGAAAAUUUCAAAGACAGUAGACUGAAAAGGAAGGGUUUGGUGAAAAGGGUUCAGGCAUUCCUAGCUGAAUGUGACACCGUGGAACAGAACAUCUGCCAGGAGACAGAGCGGCUACGGUCCACAAACUUAGCUCUCGCUGAGUGAGGUGAGGCAAAGAGCAUGUGCUGCCUUGAAGAACAGUGCCACCACCUCUGUCCUCUCUGGAAUAGAAGUGACCUGAUUUCUUCAGGGCCGCUGGGGACAAUUGGCCGGUUGCCUGUUUUCUUGCCCCUCUACCUGUUCUCAAUGAACAAGUGUUGUCUGCAAUCUUCAGUAGAGCUCCUGUCUGUUUUCUCAUUCUGUCUCUGUAUGGCUGUGCUGUCCUGCAGCC